AUGGUGACUGCUCGGUUGCUGCUCGGAACCGACGAGGCGUGUAGCGGUGGCCGGAGGGUCGCGGCUUUCCUCGACGGGGCUCGGCUGAGGCUCGCGGUGGCUCGGUCGCAGGUCGAGGACGUGGCUGAGAAAUCGAAGGUUCCCGAGUUGCCGAAGAACGGGCUGAAAAAGAUUGCCAUCGAGAGCUCGAAUUCGCCGAACGAUGGGAGAAUAGGUCGUCGGUCGUGGAAGUCGCUCGCUGAAUUGACAGAGACGCUGGAGGACGUCGGCGAGGGGAAUCGGCAAUUUACGGUGGUCGCGAUGGUGGUCGGGUGUCGCGGAUUCCGGCCUUGCGAAGGCUUCGCUGGGAUUGGUCAGGACUUGCAGUUGUUCGCGUUGUAG